CGUUCUGUUUUGUUGCUGUCAGACAAGGAGAGUCAAUCAUGGCUGCUUCCUUAGUACGGUGGCUAGAAAGAUUGUACGCUUUCUUGUUGAUAUGCCCCCUCUGUAUUCCAGCCUUCUUGAAUUUAGAGGAGCUGAAUGAGAUGAAAUAUGGAAUUCAAAUUCUCCCAGAUCCCGUUAUGUUGGGCCAGACAAAGACAGAGGAGGUUAUGAUGGUGUCCAGUAAGUACAAGCAGCUGUAUGAGUGUCGACUUCCAGCCCAGGCCGUCCGGUUUCAUCAGGACCCUGCCUCUGAGCCUGACUCACAAGGGUACACCGGGCCUGACAUCCCAGACCUACUCAGUCCAAUGCACAAUGCUCAGUGUUUAGUGAAGACGAAGGACUGGUGGACAUAUGAGUUCUGCCACGGUCAGCAUAUCAGACAGUACCACCUUGAAGACACAGAAAUCAAAGGAGACAUUCUCUUCCUAGGUUAUUAUGAAUCUGAAUUUGAUUGGAGCAAUGAAACAGCAAAGGCCUCCAAACAGCACAGGCUAAAGCGCUACCACAGUCAGACCUAUGUAAAUGGCUCAAAGUGUGACCUAAAUGGAAAUCCCAGAGAGACUGAAGUCCGGUUUGUGUGUGAAGAAGGCUCCGGUGACUACAUCGUCCGAGUGGAUGAGCCUCAGUCGUGCCGCUAUGUGCUGACAAUUCACACCAGUCGCACCUGCCAGCAUCCAUUCCUGCGGCCACCAUCCACUGCCAAGCCCCAGGGUAUUGUGUGCCAGCCAGCACUAAGUGCCCAACAGUACAUGGAUUACGUCAAGGCUCAAGUCUCGGAUACAAAGCGUAAAGUAGAGCAGAUCUCAGAGGAGCUGAGGAGUCUUGAUGAGAUGUUGGCUGGUAAUGAAGGGACAGAUGGAGCAGUGGAAGUAACAGCAGAAGAGACAUCACCUGCACCCAGUGAUGACCCGAACCAGUCAGACACAAAAGAUACUGCUGAAGUAUUUGAGGGUGCCGGGUCAGAGGAGGCAGAAGAUUCUGACUUCUGGGAGGGAGUUACAAAGCCAAGGAGUUCAAAAACAACUGCUUCUCAACAGGAGAAUCAGGAAGCAGAUGGUGGCUAUAACUCACUUACAGACAAUGAAGCCAUAGAUGAUGGUGACGAAGUUGAAAAAUUCAACUUUAAAAUCAUCACUGACCCAGCAGACCUGAUGAAAUUUGUCCAACAUCUCAAAGAGAGUAACAGGAAGAAAGCACAAAACCAAGCCAAAAGUCAAGGAGAGAAACCGGCAGACGACAGGGUAACGGAGAAGCUCGGCGAGGAAGAUGAAGAUGAGCGCCUGCUACAGGAGUUUGAGGAUGAGAUGGCCGACCUCUCAGUGCCCUCUGAUAAGAUUGACGACAUAAAGGAGGAAAUGCAGAAAGAGUUUGACAACAUCAUAAAUGAGGCCCAGCAGGAAUUGGAGACAGAAGGUCUGAAAGGGGAGUUUGAUCGCACUCAAGCAACACAGACACUGGAGACAACGCUGGACAAGCUCCUUGAUCAUUUGGAGGAGAAAGACGUCCAGGACCCAGAGCAGCAAACAGCAGGAGUUCAAAGAGCCAGUGACCCCACCAGGGGGAGCCCCAGCCUGGCUCCCAAGCAGCCAGACCAAGCGACUGACGACCAUGUUAAGAUCAAAAUUACUAAGUAUAAGACGGGCAGCAGCCCUGAUGGGGAGGUCAAAGUUCAGGAGAUGGGCGAAGGAGACCCCCAGUGGCAGCACAUAAAGGACGUGGUUAAAGAACAGCUAGAGAAAGCAGGACUGAAGGCAGAAGGUAAAAUUGAGGUGAAGAUCUUGACGCGAAAAAAUGCAGAGGAGGCAGGUGAUCAGUGGCUGACUGAAGAAGAUACAAAGUCCUUCAGGGAGCUCCUCAUAAAUCUCCUGACUGGAGGCACAGAAGAGGUUUACAAAGAACAAAAGAGGCAGCAGGACUUGGAGAACAACUAUAGGUUUGUGUGGGGAGAGUCCCAGGAGGAGUCACAGUCAUCCAGCGCCUCUGACUCAGACGACGUGGACAUAUGAGCUCAUUCAGUACAUACCUUUUGUAACGGUGAACUCCUGUGAAAACCAGCAGGGAGGGGGACUCUGAAGUGCAGCUGCAAAUUUGAAAUAGAGCCCCAAUGAUUCAAUUACUGCUAUUAAACCUGGCAGAUGAUAUCAACUCAUCUGUUUGCACAUUCAGAAAAUGUGUCCGUGUGUCUGUGUCUGUAGUAGGCACCAGUUUUAUGUUGCACGAUGAAACCGCAACGUUUCAGCUGUACUUGUGCAGUUGAAGGAAGUUAUGCAUUGUCCCUUUUGAUGGGAUCCAGUUUUUUUUUUUUUUUUUUUUUUAUUAAAUGUCAGUGAAUUUUACUGAAUAUUUGCAUCUAGUUCUGAAGUUGUCAGCAGCACACUGUGUCCACAGUUGAAUUAUUACAUUUGUCUUAUAUGUUGCUAUUGACAAAGAAGUUAAGAAGUUAAAGUAUCUUUAAGUGAAUUGUGCAUGCCUCAACAAACUGGAGGAGUGUUUGCACAGGUUGUUCAAUUUAAUGUUUACUGAAUAGUAGGAUUGUGUCUGGAUUUGAAAAAAUAAAGGACAAAUACCUACAGGUUCAGAUUUCAGUUCCCACUUGUCUUUGACACUUUCUGUUGCUGCAUUUGGUGAUUAGAUUAAACACAACUGUAGAUUGCAGAAGUGUUUGUUCAUAUGCUGUGACACUUUAUAUCUUUAGUAAAAAGGUUUUGUAAACUCAGAAUUUUAACAUUGUUUCAAAAAAAUGUGUGUUUCUUUUUGGUUGUCAUGUGCUGGUAAAGGGAUUUAAAAAAACACUAAAAGGAGUGUAGGAAGAUACAUAUUUUAAGUGUGUACUUUCAUUUCUGACAAGAA